AUGAACAACAUUGGCAUGGAAGUUGAAGAGACCGUAGCAGAGUUGAGACAAUACUUCAAAACAGGAAAAACAAAAAGUGUUGCAUGGAGAAAAAACCAGCUCCAAGCUAUACUUAACCUUGUUCAUGAAAAUGAAGAUGCUAUAUCUAAAGCUCUUUACCAAGAUCUUGGAAAGCACCCUGUUGAAGCUUACCGCGAUGAGAUUGGAGGGGUAGAAAAAUCAGCACAAAACUCUUUGGACAGUGUUGAAAAAUGGAUGGCUCCUAAAAAGAGCAGUAUUCCUUUUCUUUUCUUCCCUGCAAAAGGAGAGUUAUUGCCGGAACCACUUGGUGUUGUUCUAAUUUUUUCGUCAUGGAACUUUCCCAUCGUGUUGGCAUUGGAUCCAAUAAUCGGGGCGAUAUCGGCUGGAAAUGUUGUAGUGAUAAAACCAUCUGAGCAAGCUCCAGCAUGCUCUUCUUUCCUUGCAAAUACUCUUCCUCGCUACUUGGAUACUAAUGCCGUAAAGGUCAUUGAGGGUGGAGGAGAUGUCUGUGAAAAACUUCUGCUACAUCAAUGGGACAAAAUAUUCUUCACUGGAAGUCCACGAGUGGCAAGCAUAGUUAUGACUUCUGCUGCAAGAAAUUUAACUCCUGUGACUCUAGAGCUAGGUGGAAAAUGUCCUGCUAUAUUUGAUCACCUUUCUAAUCCUUCAGAUUUUAAGAUGGCAGUAAAAAGAAUAGCAGGAGCAAAGUGGGGAAUCUGUAGUGGACAAGCAUGUAUAGGAAUCGAUUAUCUGCUUGUUGAGGAGAAGUACUCAUCUGAAUUGAUAGAACUAUUGAAGAAGUUUGUGAGAAUAUUUUAUGGUGAUAACAUGGUAGACUCAAAGGUACUGUCAAAAAUAGUAAACAAGCAGCACUUUCAGAGAUUGUGCAAUCUUCUUAAAGACCCUCUUGUUGCUGCUUCAAUAGUUCAUGGUGGUUCAGUUGAUGAAGCAAACCUGUUUAUUGAGCCAACAAUCUUGUUAGAUCCACCACUAGAUGCCGAAAUCAUGACAGAAGAAAUCUUUGGUCCAUUUCUUCCCGUGAUCACAGUGAAUAAAAUUCAGGAUAGUAUUGAAUUUAUAAACUCAAAACCAAAACCUCUUGCCAUUUAUGCAUUCACCAAAGAUGAAGCUUUCAAGAGAAAGAUUGUAUCAGAAACAUCCUCAGGAAGUGUCACAUUUAAUGACACACUGGUUCAAUUUUUAUGUGAUACACUACCAUUUGGAGGUGUUGGACAGAGUGGUAUUGGUAGGUACCAUGGGAAAUUCUCCUUUGACACAUUCAGUCAUGAAAAAGCUGUAAUGCAUAGAUACCUUUGCCUUGAAAUUGAGCCAAGGUAUCCUCCAUGGAGUAAAUUUAAGCUAGAAUUUAUCAGAUUGGCAUACAGGCUCAACUACUUUGGACUAGCACUACACAUGUUGGGCUUGAAAAAACAGAACUAG